UUUGGAUCUUGUUGGGCACAUUCACCGAACACGCUUAUAUAAAACUGUCCAUUUGAAGACCUAUCCCAGCGACUAUCUGGAAUAGCACAGUUGAGGAGCAGAGACAUGCAAUCUAAAAGGCGCAAGAAGACUUGCACAGAACAUCCCGUGUGCACAGCGUCCUCUUAGCCUUCACCACUUUGAGAACGAAUACCAGCCUAGCGAGAGUAUAUGGGAGCUUACUGCAGUCGUGCAGCUGAUGCUGUUUGUGGACACUGUGGCUUCUCAUGUCAAUGCACUACCUGCAGUGGAACUGGGGGAGAGGCAUCAGCCAGCUGUGAUUGCUCCUGCAGAUGGCUUGUGGUUGGGGGCUUUGCGUUGAUUGCUCUAUCAGCAUGGGUGGCAUUCAUGGCUUACAAGGAACGGAGGAGAUGGCUACUGACGUGGUCCAGUGUCUACUUUGCCACCUCUGUCUUCAUGACCCUCCUCACAUAUGUCAAGGGCCCAGAUCCUCAUGACAUGUUUGGCUGCAGCGUACCUUUCUCACUCUGGGUUGGGAGUCUUUUUGUGGCCACGCUCAGUUACUACACCAGUGACUACAUGCGGCAGGGGCAGGAUGCCCCUGAGAAGCGCAAUGAGCGCUAUGUCUAUGAUCCCACUGCUGGAGAGUAUAUCCUGGCAACCCAGCUAAGCGAGUAUCAUGUCGUGUGAGAAAGUCAUGGUUGCACAUCGAGAUUGGAGCGCUUUUUCAUUGGACUACAUCACUAAGUUUUGCAGCAAAGGGUGCCGUAGAGCAUCAUGGCGCAGGAAGUGAGCGAGCAGAGACACCUGCCAGACUGAUCUGGGGUGCACUGGAACGUUUAUAUUAUAUAUAUAUCAGUGUGGUACCAAUGGGAAAACCAGAGGGCCGAUUGCAAUUCAUUCUGGAGUGCCAUAAAUCAUUUUAUUUCGACUUUUCAGCCUCGAUUGUGAAAGGCAGGAUGUAUAAUAUGAUUGAAGAGCUUGUAAUGUGCAUAUGGCUUC